AUGUGGACCGCGAGCCUGAUGCGCGGCAUGGGCGCGGACCAGGAGGUCAUAAACGCGCGGAACUCGCCGCUCGGCGCGCUGCUUGUGGCGCCGACUAACUACGCGUGGCAGCAGUUCUUCGAUUUUCUGGAACAAGCAAACACGAGGCAACCUGCGGGCAGGUGGAGAGGUCACGACCCCCCAGCACCAUACAGCAGCGACAUUACUCAGUUGGGAGUAGACCCGACCCUUGCUGCUGAUACGAAACCCCCUCCUCUGCUUCCACGCAUCCCCUCCCUGCUUCCCCCCAUCCUCUUCCCUGCAUCCCCACAUCCACUUCCUUCUUCCGCCCAUCCCCUUCCCUGCUUACCCCCGUCCCCUUCCCUGCUUCCCCCCAUCCCAUUCCCUGCUUUCCCCCAUCCCGUUCCCUGCUUCCCCCCAUCCCGUUCCCUGCUUCCCCCCAUCCCCUUCCCUGCUCCCCCCCAUCCCCUUCCCUGCUUCCCCCCAUCCCCUUCCCUGCUCCCCCCCAUCCCCUUCCCUGCUUCCCCCCAUCCCCUUCCCUGCUUCCCCCCAUCCCCUUCCCUGCUUCCCCCCAUCCCCUUCCCUGCUUCCCCCCAUCCCCUUCCCUGCUCCCCCCCAUCCCCUUCCCUGCUUCCCCCCAUCCCCUUCCCUGCUCCCCCCCAUCCCCUUCCCUGCUUCCCCCCAUCCCCUUCCCUGCUCCCCCCCAUCCCGUUCCCUGCUUCCCCCCAUCCCCUUCCCUGCUCCCCCCCAUCCCCUUCCCUGCUUCCCCCCAUCCCCUUCCCUGCUCCCCCCCAUCCCCUUCCCUGCUUCCCCCCAUCCCCUUCCCUGCUUCCCCCCAUCCCCUUCCCUGCUUCCCCCCAUCCCCUUCCCUGCUUCCCCCCAUCCCCUUCCCUGCUCCCCCCCAUCCCCUUCCCUGCUUCCCCCCAUCCCCUUCCCUGCUCCCCCCCAUCCCCUUCCCUGCUUCCCCCCAUCCCCUUCCCUGCUCCCCCCCAUCCCCUUCCCUGCUUCCCCCCAUCCCCUUCCCUGCUUCCCCCCAUCCCCUUCCCUGCUUCCCCACAUCCCCUUCCCUGCUUCCCCCCGUCCCCUUCCCUGCUUCCCCCCAUCCCAUUCCCUGCUUUCCCCCAUCCCAUUCCCUGCUUUCCCACAUCACGUUCCCUGCUUCCCCCUAUCCCCUUCCCUGCUUCCCCCCAUCCCCUUCCCUGCUCCCCCCCAUCCCCUUCCCUGCUUCCCCCCAUCCCCUUCCCUGCUUCCCCCCAUCCCCUUCCCUGCUUCCCCCCAUCCCCUUCCCUGCUUCCCCACAUCCCCUUCCCUGCUUCCCCCCAUCCCCUUCCCUGCCUCCCCCCAUCCCCUUCCCUGCCUCCCCCCAUCCCGUUCCCUGCUUCCCCCCAUCCCCUUCCCUGCUUCCCCCAUCCCGUUCCCUGCUUCCCCCCAUUCCCUACCCUGUUUCCCCAUAUCCCCUUCCCUGCUUCCCCCCAUCCCCAUCCGUGUGCACCCAUCUAUUUCCCCAUACAUGCUUUCAUCAUUCCCCAUGACCCCUUCCCUGCUUCCCCAUGUCCCCUUCCCUGCGUCCCCAAGUCCCCUUCCCUGCUUCCCCAUGUCCUCUUCCCUGCUUUCCCAUGUCCCCUUCCCUUCUUCCCCAUGUCCCCUUCCCUGCUUCCCCCCAUCCCCUUCCCUGCUUUCCCCCGUCCCCUUCCCUGCUUCCCCGUGUCCCCUUCCCUGCUUCCCCCCAUCCCCUUCCCUUCGGGUGCCCCAUCCCUAAACAUGCUUCCCCCCAUCCUCUUCCCUUCCCCCCACCCCCUUCCCUGCUUCCCCAUGUCCCCUUCCUUGCUUCCCCAUGUCCCCUUCCCUGCUUCCCCCCAUCCCAUUCCCUGCUUUCCCCCAUCCCCUCCCCUGCUUCACCGUGUCCCCUUCCACGGCACUCACAUGCACCACUUGUCUGCUCUUCAUAUUCUUCCUCAGAUUCCUCCUCACAUGUGUUGCGGAACCCUGGUCUGCACUUUGCCUGACUGCAUGUCUGCCUCCCCAUGA